AUGCUUGUGGGACUUGGUGGUAACAAUGGAUCAACAUCUGUUGGAUCUAUGAUCGCAAACCGGGAGCAGAUGUCCUGGAGAAAUCGCGAGGGAACACACAAGGCCAACUAUUUUGGAUCAUUCACCCAAUCGAGCACCAUUCACAUUGGAUGGGAUGGAAAAGAACAAGUGUAUGUACCAUUCAACGAAGUAAUACCAAUGCUCCGCCCUCACGAACUCAUUAUUGAUGGAUGGGAUAUCAACAAUGCCAACUUAUACGAAGCUAUGUGCCGAGCAAAGGUCUUCGAACCCGAACUAAUUGAUCAAUUGAAGCCCUAUAUGGAGCACAUUGUACCAAAACCGUCGAUCUACUAUCCCGAUUUCAUUGCCUCAAAUCAAGGUGAUCGAGCAAACAAUGUCAUUCCCGGAACCAACAAGCAAGAACAUUUGGAGUUGAUUCGCAAAGACAUCAGAGAGUUCAAGAAAACAAACGAUUUGGAUUGUGUAAUUGUUCUCUGGACGGCAAACACUGAAAGAUACACGGAUGUGAGAAGUGGUUUGAAUAGCACAGCCGAUGAAAUUCUUCGGUCUAUCGAGAAGAAUGUUGAUGAGAUCUCUCCAUCGAAUAUCUUUGCAGUGGCUUCAAUCCUCGAAGGAGCCCACUACAUUAAUGGUUCUCCACAAAAUACUCUUGUUCCGGGAAUAGUUGAGCUUGCUGGCCAACACAAAGUUUUCAUUGGUGGUGACGACUUCAAAUCGGGACAGACAAAACUCAAAUCGGCCCUUGUGGAUUUCUUAGUUUCUUCAGGAUUGAAACCCGAAAGCAUUGUUUCCUACAAUCAUCUUGGUAACAAUGACGGGAAAAAUCUUUCUGAGGCUCGUCAAUUCCGUUCAAAGGAGAUCUCAAAAUCGAACGUGGUCGAUGACAUGGUGGCGUCUAACAAAAUCCUCUACCCAGAUGGCAAAAAGCCAGAUCACUGUGUAGUGAUCAAAUACGUUCCAUUUGUUGGUGACUCGAAAAGAGCAAUGGAUGAGUACGUCUGCUCAAUAUUUAUGGGCGGCCGACAAACUUUUGUCAUCCAUAACACUUGCGAAGACUCGCUCUUGGCCACCCCACUCAUUUAUGAUCUCACAAUUUUGACGGAGCUAGCAACAAGGAUCUCAUAUUCGGUGAACGGUUCAGAAUGGCAGCAAUUCCAUGAGGUUUUAUCAUUGCUCUCUUUGCUACUCAAAGCCCCAGUUGUGCCCCCAGGCACACCAGUCUCAAAUGCUUUCAUGCGCCAAUAUGGCUCCAUCACCAAGCUAGUAACGGCAUGUGCUGGUAUCGCCUCCGACACCGAACUGCAACUUGAAUUCUUCACCAAACUCUCU